AUGGCCCCGCCGCGGAAAAAGAGCUCCCAUCAGUCGACUCCUACCACCAUACUCACCCUCAGCGACGACCUCCUGCGCGAGGUGCUCCUCCGCCUCCCCUCCCUCCCGACCCUCGUCCGCGCCGCUCUCGCCUGCCCCGCUUUCCUCCGCGCCGUCCGUUCGUCCCCCGCAUUCCGCCGCCGCUUCCGCGACCUCCACUCGCCCACCAUCCUCGGCGCAUUCCUCGUCGACGACGAGCCCACCACGCCCACCUUCGCGCCCGUGCGCCUCCGCGGCCGCCGCUCCGACCCGGACCACGCCGCCGCCCUUCGCGGCCUCGAUGUCUUCCUUACCCGUCUCCCCGAUGCUAUCGACGAAGACGAAGAUGAAGACGAAGGGUGGUCAAUGUUGGGGUGCCGCGAUGGGUACGUCCUUCUCGUGACGCCGAGAUGGAACACCAAGAAGGUGGCCGUCUACGAUCCCCUCACAGGGGCCCUGCAUCUCUUCCCCGGCCCGCCCGAUGAGGUGUUCACCGCAGACCCCGAAUACACUGAAGCUGAGUUCCACGUGAUCCCCUCCGAAGCCGACGACCGGUCGUUUCGCGUGCUCUGCGUCCCCAAGGAAGACGGGGGGAAGCAGAUCGCCGUGUUGUCACCGGACACCAGGGAGUGGCAGAUUUCCCCAACACCAUGGAGCCUCCAGGAUGCAGACAAUGUUAAGCUAGUGAGGAACGGGCUUGUUUACUGGGCAUGUUAUUCAGACCAACACGAUUAUAUCCCUGUGCUGAACACUGCAACAAUGCAGUUCUCUCAAACUGGCAUGCCGCCGACUGGGCCUUCUGGUGUCUUAGGUGAGACCAAGGAUGGGAAGCUCUGUUUGGCUCGUGCACAUGACGGUAACCUUGAGCUUAUGGUUUGGUUCCUAAGGGCCGGUCGUGACGGCGUCGACAAAUGGAUGAAGAACAGGACAUUUCAGAUGGUGGAUGCGAUGCAUAAGCUCGCUCUCAACAUUGUAGACGAGUGUCCUUCGCUCAAUGUCGUGGCUAUUGUGGGUGGCAUUGUGUAUCUGACUAUUCACCAGAACGAGCCUCCUAACUGGCUCCUAUCCUUCUGCAUUGAAACAAGGGAGUUGCAGAAGCUCUGCCAGAUAACUACCUCCGAGUUCUGCUAUCCCUACAUCAUGGCGUGGCCUCCCACUUUGGUGCCCAGUAAGACAACCGCAGCCUUAUGCAGUUAAAGUCUGACUGAGCUGCCCGAAAGUACGUAGCUUGAGUGGUUAGAAACUGGAAUGCAAGUUCACUGUAGGUGCUACAGCAUGCUGGUCUUGUUGAUCCACAAGGAGAAUCUGAAGUAUCUUCAGCUAUAACUUGUACGGAGUAUCUGUUUAUGGAACUUCCUUAGAACUGUCAAGAUGCAAGCAAAUAUGUAAUGAUACCAUGAUGUAAUGAAACAACGGAUGAUGAUGCUGAAGCUCCAUACUUCCGUCUAAACCGCUUAAGUGCUAAUUUUUUUUUUGAGCUAGCAAAUU